AUGGCACAGCAAUCGUCGCUCGGCAUAUGUGCGACCGAGCGACUUCCGUCUGGCGGGAGGGCAGCCUUUUCUUGUCGAGUUGUCUCCAGUGCUUGUUCUAUGGCGAGUGCGGGCUCGCGGGGUGAGAGCACAGACGCAAUCAGCGAGCUUGACUCCUCUUCGUCCGUGUCCAUGUCGGAGUGGUCGGGUCAUGGCAGUCGUGGCGGAUGCGGCUGCAAGGAAGCUCCAGACUCGCAGCUCUUUGAAGUUGGUGAUCUCCCGUUCCCCUAUCAGCAGAUGCUGGGUCUGCUGAGCACCGGGGGGUACAUUCGCAGAUGCACCAGCGGCUUUCUCCAGGCCAAGCUUGAUCGGCGAACCAGCAUGAGUGCGCCAAAGAAGCCUGCAACUAAGGUUUCGGAGAAGGUCUCGGAUGUCGCUGAUCAGAAACACGUUGAAGGAAGCCAUCGACGUGACUAG